AUGGAAAGGUCUUCAGAGUGGUCCAACAGAACUGCUGGCAUCCAGAAAUCCGUGUUAGAGAAAUGGACUAAACAGGCCAAACCUCAGGACACUUUAAACCUGUGCCAGUUUUUAAACGACCUAGCUGCAACCAUUGCAAGCCACCCCAAGAGGUCCAUGGGUCUGGGGACGUUGCCCUUGCAAGCCCCAGAGCUGGUUAUUAAGGAGAUGGAGUACUGUGUGAAGGAGCUGGGCUUCCCAGGGGUCCAGAUCAGCUCCCACAUCAAUUUGUGCGACCUGAACAUGCAAGAACUCUUCCCUGUCUAUGCAGCAGCUGAAAAGCUGAACUGUUCCCUAUUGGUGCACCCGUGGGACUGCAUGCAGAUGGAUGGGCGAAUGGCCAAAUACUGGCUCCCUUGGCUUAUAGGAGUUCCAGCAGAGACCAUCAUAGCCAUUUGCUCCAUGAUCAUGGGUGGAGUGUUCAAGAAGUUUCCUAAACUGCAAGUAUGUUUUGCACAUGGAGGUGGAGCCUUCUCCUUCACAGUAGGAAGAAUCUCCCGUGGAUUCAGCAUGCACCCAGAUCUGUGUGCCCAAGACAAUCCAAUCAACCCAAAGAAAUACCUUGGUUCCUUUUACAUAGACUCCUUGGUUCAUGAUCCUCUGGCCCUCAAGCUGUUAACAUAUGUCAUAGGAAAGGAUAAAGUCAUUUUGGGAAUGGACUACCCCUUUCCACUAGGUGAGCUGGAACCUGGAAAAUUGAUAGAAUCCAUAGAAGAAUUUGAUGCAGAAACAAAGGAUAAACUCAAAGCUGGCAAUGCCCUAGCAUUUUUGGGUCUUGAGAGAAAACAAUUUGAAUGA